AAAGGGAAUGCAUCCUCCAGCCGCCUGAACCUUCCUGUUCCUCACCUUGCAUAAUCCUGACCUGGGGGAAGGACAGAGACUUGCCACCAUCUUCAGCACGAGUUGCUGGCAAUUGCCUCAUCUUUCCAGGAUUAGGGAGUAUCUGGAGUGGUGCCUGCUUGCUCGGCCCUGAAGUCAUGGCCCUAAGUCUUCUGUGGCUGGGCUUUGCCCUGCUGGGCGCCCUGCAAACCCAGGCUCAGGAUUCCACUCCAAACCUGAUCCUAGCCCCGCCUCUGCUCAGUGUCCCUGUGGAGCCUGACUUCAAGAAAGAGGAGUUCCAGGGCAAAUGGUACGUCAUAGCAGUGGCAGGGGACCAAUUUCAUAAAGAAAGAGAUACCGAGUUGAAGAGGUACACUAACACCUAUGACCUGAACAAAGACAACACCUACGAUUUCACCUCUACCCUGGUCCGGGGCCGGAACUGUAGCGAGUGGACCAAAGUAAUCAUCAUAAAUUUGCAUGUAGACCAGUUAAACCUGGGCGACACUGAGUAUCACAGUGGAAACGUGAGUUACAUUACACGAGUGGUGACCACAGACUACAAUCGGUUUGCCAUAAUGUUCUUCAAGAAAGUUGACAACAACGAGGAGGACAUCAAGGUCAAGCUCUAUGGGAGGACCAAGGAGCUGAUUCCUGAGCUGAAGGAACUCUUCAUUCGCUUCACCAAGUCCAAGGGCUACACAGAAAACAACAUCGUCUUCUCUAACCCCAACGAUGCGUGCAUCUAUGACUGAGCAAGUGUGUCCCCCUCUUGCUACCUCUCACCAGGCCAUAGCCCAGCUGUCCCCACCAGCCUGGACACCACUGAGACAGUCGGGAGACCCUUCUCGCUGCACAGCCCACCAGCUGCUCCCCAGACUGCCUUGCUCAUGAACUCCUUGCUUGCUAAAUAAAACAUGUCCCUCAGUC